CCCUCCGCAACGGCCGGCCGGGGUGCAGGUGCCGCUGAGCCCCGCAGGCGCCGGCGGGCGGGCCCUGUGGACACGCCCUCCCGGGGACGCUGCGCUGCCCGGAGGGAGGAAGCGCCAGAGCCGCGGCCGGUGCGAGCGCAGCCGGCGCCCCUCCGCUCCGGGCAGCGGCCCCCGCGCGCGGCGAGCCGGGCAUGAGAGCGGCCCGGCGGCAUGGCAGCCUCAGGGGUGUUCCGAAGGUGUGACAUUCUCUUGGUGUACAGCCCGGACGCGGAGGAAUGGUGCCAAUACCUCCAGGACCUUUUCCUGUCCAGCCGGCAGGUCCGUGGCCAGAAGACGCUGACUUACCGGCUGGGCCCGGACACUUUCUUCUCAGCUGAGGACCUGACCUUCUUCCUCAGCACGCGCUGCAUCGUGGUGCUGCUGUCCGCCGAGCUGGUGCAGCACUUCGGCCAGCCGACCCAGCUGCCGCUGCUGCAGAGAGCCUUCCACCCGCCGCAGCGCAUGGUCCGGCUGCUCUGCGGGGUGCAGAACUGCAAGGAGUUCCUGGACUUCUUUCCAGAGUGGGCGCACUGGCAGGAGCUCACCUGUGACGACGAGCCCGAGACGUACGUGGCAGCUGUGAAGAAGGCCAUUUCUGAAGAUUCUGGCUGUGACUCAGUCACCGACACUGAAACUGAGGACGAGAAGGUCCUGCCCUACUCGAAGCAGCAGAGCCUGCCGCUGGAAACUUCACCCGGGAACCUGAUGGUGGUGCAGCCAGACCGCAUUCGCUGUGGGGCAGAAACCACUGUCUACGUCAUUGUGAGAUGUAAGCUGGACGAGAGAGUGACGACCGAAGCCGAAUUUUCUCCAGAGGAUUCUCCCUCCAUUAGGGUGGAAGGCAAGCUGGAGAAUGAGUACACCGUGUCCGUGAAGGCUCCCGCCCUUUCAUCUGGGAAUGUUUCUCUGAAGAUAUAUUCCGGGGAUUUAGUGGUGUGCGAAGCCAGUAUCAGCUAUUACACUGACAUGGAAGAAAUCGGGAAUUUAUUGUCCAAUGCUGCGAAUCCUGUGGAAUUCAUGUGUCAGGCCUUUAAAAUUGUGCCCUACAACACAGAGACACUCGAUAAACUGCUCACUGAGUCCCUGAAGAACAACAUCCCCGCAAGUGGACUUCACCUCUUUGGAAUCAACCAGCUGGAAGAAGAAGAUAUGAUGACAAAUCAGAGGGAUGAAGAGCUGCCCACCUUGUUGCAUUUUGCUGCGAAGUACGGACUGAAGAACCUCACUGCUUUGUUGCUCACCUGCCCGGGAGCCCUACAAGCAUACAGUGUGGCCAACAAACACGGCCACUACCCCAACACCAUUGCCGAGAAACAUGGCUUCAGGGACCUGCGGCAGUUCAUCGACGAAUACGUGGAAACUGUGGACAUGCUGAAGAGUCACAUCAAAGAGGAACUGAUGCAAGGGGAGGAGGCCGACGACGUGUAUGAGUCCAUGGCCCACCUUUCCACAGACCUGCUCAUGAAAUGCUCUCUCAACCCGGGCUGUGAUGAGGAACUGUACGAGUCCAUGGCCGCCUUCGUCCCCGACGCCACUGAAGACCUCUAUGUUGAAAUGCUUCAGGCAAGUACAUCUAACCCAAUCGCUGGAGAAAGUUUCUCCCGGAACACUAAGGACUCUAUGAUCCGCAAGUUUUUAGAAGGCAAUAAUGUGGGCAUCGCCGCUUUGGAGAAGGAGCCGUUCCAUCAUGAUCCGGAAGAUGUUUAUCACACAGUGGAAGACGAUGAGGCCUUUUCCCUGGACCUGGCCAGCAGGCCCCCCGUCCCAGUGCCCAGGCCAGAGGCCAGUGCUUCUGGUGCUCACCAGGUGUCCGACAAUGAACCGUACAUUUCCAAAGUUUUUGCAGAAAAAAGUCAAGAGCGGCCUGGGAAUUUCUAUGUUUCCUCAGAGAGCGUCAGGAAAGAGCCUCCCGUCAGACCGUGGAGAGACAGGCCCCCGUCAAGUAUAUAUGAUCCUUUUGCUGGGAUGAAAACACCAGGCCAGCGGCAGCUCAUCACCCUCCAGGAGCAGGUGAAGCUGGGCAUCGUCAACGUGGACGAAGCCGUGCUCCACUUCAAAGAGUGGCAGCUCAACCAGAAGAAGCGGUCGGAAUCCUUUCGCUUCCAGCAGGAAAAUCUUAAACGGCUAAGAGAUAGCAUCACCCGAAGACAGAGAGAGAAGCAAAAAACAGGAAAGCAGACAGCCUUGGAGAUCACCGUCCCAAUUAGGCACUCACAGCUGCUGCCCAGCAAAGUGGAGAUUGGAGUCUAUGAGAGUGGCCCCAGGAAAAGCGUCUUCCCCCCAAGGACGGAGCUAAGACGGGGAGACUGGAAGACAGACAGCACCUCCAGCACAGCGAGCAGCACGAGCAACCGAUCCAGCACUCGGAGCCUCCUCAGUGUGAGCAGCGGGAUGGAGGGGGACAAUGAGGAUAAUGAAGUCCCUGAGGUUACCAGAAGUCGGAGUCCAGGCCCCCUACAAGUGGACGGAGCAUCCACCCUGCCCAUCGAUAGGCCCCCCAGGGUGCCUCCCCGAGCGGCCUCACAGAGGCCUCCAACCAGGGAGAUCUUCCAUCCUCCUCCGCCCGUUCCACGCAGAGGUCGUUGAUUCCACCUCCUAGAAGCUGCCUACUCCAGGACUUUGAGACGAGCAGUUCCCAGCCUGCUAAUGAUGUCUUCAUGUUACGUUUUAUGGCAUGACUGCUGACCUUGAGACCCACUCUCAUUACUGAUAUUGUUGCAGCCCUGCUGGUUUGGGCUUUCCUUAAAGAAGAUAUUAUUAAGGCAUGAAGGAGGGGAAAACUAAGGACUUUAGUCACCAUUGCCAAGUAUAUUGAUCCAUACCCUUGUUUGCCAAAAGGAUGAAGACUUAAUUGGGAUCCUUACCUCUAACUUGACAUGUCGGAAGCCUGAAAGAUUGGUUAGAAAUGUGCAUUACAAGUGAUUUUACUGAAAUGCAUUGAUAUUAGGCCUUACUUAUUUGUUAGUCCAGACUAAUUUCUACAAGUGGUUAUGAUUUAGUACUUACAGUAUUCAAGUAAGAAGACAUACCCUGAUUUUUAAAUGAUUCUUCAACUUUUCUGUUGAACUGGACAGCACUGUUCCUUCAUCUUGUAUUAAAACCUGUGAGCAGAUACCCAACUAUGUACAUAACGAAGUAUGAAGACUGAGAGACUGUGAACAGGAGGCUGGUGUUGCAGGAGAGUGUGUAAAUGCCAGGGCUGGUCACAGGCAACAAUCUGAAAAAGCCUUUAGAGCCAUCUCCUCUUAUCUAAAAGUCAAAGCUGAGGUUCCCAGAAGUCUGGAGCUGAGAGUGUUUGGUUGGCUAGAGGAAGAGGCAGUUCAGAACCUGGGCCUGCCAAUUCUAGGGGACCACACUGUCCAUCUCCAAAUAGCCAAGCCCUCUCCCUCAAGAAGUGCCCAGAUGUAGAAAUUCAGUCAGUGACUGACGCUUGUCCUCCAGAAGUUUCUUUCUUCCAUGAUCUCCCAGGUAUGGAACUACCAUGUAUUUCCCCCCAAACUUGGCAUUAACACUUCAGUGUGCUUUCAAAAAAGUGAUGCUGCCAAGGAGCAUCUAUUAGUGGUUGGGACCAGAAGCUUGGGAUGGGACCCAUUUAUUGCUCUGCCGUCUUUACAGGUCUUAGUUCUGGCCAUAAAGAGAGAGGGGGUCCUUGGCAUUUUCUCUGCUAAGGGGUCCGAAGGGGAAGGAAGAAACCUAAAGCAGAAAUAGUUAUUCCCUUAUACACCUAUUAUUACCACUGGGUUUGGGAAAUCUGUUUGUGCAGAGAAUAUAGAGCCUAAAGUAUGUCAUUAAUUUUGAGUUCCUGCCACAUCAAUCUACCUUCAAAACACAGGUCCUUAAUUUGAUAUUUAACCAUAUAAUAAAAUUAGUAUUGGACCUAUUUCUUUAAAAAAUGUCAGAAAUCUUGUGGUUUUCCAGGAAAUUAUUCUCUGUCCACACAGAUGUAUAAAAGCCACACUAUUAAAGAUCAUUUAGUACAGUUUUAUUGGGUUCUUUUUUAAUAAUGAAAGGUUCUUUUUUUAUCUCAUUCCUCAAACCAGCGAACAAGGACUAUUGAAGUUCAUAGCUUCUGAGGUCUUGGUGGUUGUUUUUUUCUGACAUAAAAUACACUAUUGGCCAUGACCAUCAAGAGAGUGUUUGUGCACCUGGCUGGGUGACUCAGCUGGGUGGGGCAUCGUCCCGUACACCAAAGGGUUGCAGGUUCGGUUCCAGGUCAGGGCACAUACAUAGGUUGUGGGUUUGAUCCCCAGGUGGGGCAUGUAAGGGAAGCAACGGGUCAAUGUUUCUCACAUCGAUGUUUCUCUCUCUCUCUCUCUCUCUCUCUCUCUCUCUCUCUCUCUCUCUCUCUCCAUAUCCUUGGGUGAGGAUAAAAGAAAAAGAGAGAGAGACAGUGUGAGUGUUUAUGCAAAUUACCUACCUUAUGCCUGGCACAUGGUAGCCACUCUGCAAUGGCCCCUUUACUCUCCUUGCCACUGUUUUGGGAGAAAGAGGGAAUUGUGAGAUAAAAGGAGAACAAGACAUUAUCAUGUUGGUAUGGUUGUCCUCCCUGUUAUUUAUAGACAGUCUCUGUAUUUGCCACACUUGAUUUUGAUAAAAGCUACACUUUUAAAAUAUUCAAUACCUCUAAUCCCUGCUUUGGAUGCCAGACUUAUAUUUUUGUGCAUUCUCUGAUUGACCAACAUUUAAAUCAAUAACAUGAUGAAACCUAUUGCCAGUCAAUAGUGUCAGCAUCUUUAUAUGCACAUCAUUGUUUGUGCAAUACUGAAAUAUCUUACUGCCUAUGUGAAAAUAAGUGGAAAACAUAAAAUUGAAAGUGCUAUUGAGAAACCUGGGUCUCAUUAAUGUGAUAUACUUGAGACUUGGAUGGAGGUGAUCAGGAGUGUCAAGUCUUAGCCCUGGCCAGUUUGGCUCAGUGGAUAGAGUGUCAGCCUGCAGAAUGAAGGGUCCCAGGUUUGAUUCCGGUCAAGGGCAUGUACCUUGGUUGCAGGCACAUCCUCAAUGGGGGGUGUGCGGGAGGCAGCUGAUCGAUGUUUCUCUCUAAUCGAUGUUUCUGGCUCUCUAUCCCUCUCCCUUCCUCUCUGUAAAAAAUCAUUAAAAUAUAUUUUUUAAAAAAUGGCAAGUCUUAAACCCUCACUAGGUGUUCAUUGAACAUCCAAAAUGAUUGGUCAUGUGUAAAAAUAAAAGAAGAAAAUGAAAAAAUUUGGAUGAACCACUGCUACCGUGUGUUAUCAAAGAAACUCUGAUGAUGAGGUAAAAAAAAAAAAUUGUCAUUUUCUACAUAAAGAACCACCCAUUAUAAUACAGAUUUAUUCAACUUCCACUACCCAACUUUUGUAUAUAUUUUUAGGAAUACAUUAUGUAACAAAACCAUAGAUUUUAAUAAAAUGAGGAUCACAAACUAUGUUAUAACAAGGUGUCCAAAGAAACUAUGAAAAAGUUUCCUAUAUGAUGCUUUGGAAGGCAGCUCUGCUGUCGCCAUCCUUCCCCAAGAUUUUACAAGCUGGUGCAAUAGGAAGUAAAAUAAUUAGUCAUAUUCAUUGCCAUUGCCUUUGCCUCUAACUGUACGAGGUACAUUGUCCUCCAGUUUCUAGGUGAGCACUCUUCCUUUAUAUUAUAUUAAAACCUGUGAGCACAUAACCCAACUAUAUAAGCAACAAAGUAUGAAGACUUAGAUACUAUGAACAGGAGGUUGGUUGUUGCAAUCAAAUAAUUGAACUUGACAUAUUUAAUGAGGUGAGUAAUCCCCAAUGUUUUGUCAUAAUUAGGCAAAGUGAUACUAUGUAAAUGACCUCAACGAGUAUUUUCCAAGUCAAUCUAAAUGCUCCGCCCUUAUCCCCACCCCUUUAUUUUGCUUUGUUAUUCAAAAGGAGAGGUCCUGGUCUGUCCUGUGUCACCCCAAUAGCUGGGGUUUUCACAUUCCUUCCCAUAGGCCCCAGGAAGUAAGCUGGUUUUCUGUGCUCCUCUUUCAAAGAAUAAUGUGUGCUUUUGCAGCUGGUUGGCUGAGGAAGCAUUAGUAACAGAUUUAUUUCUAAGAAAGACAAGUGGCUAAUUUGGAUAACUCUAAAAGAUUCAUCCUAACAAUUAAUCCUCAAAUUUGAGGAAUCUGCCUGUAUAAACAUUUGCUUCAGUUUUAUCAAUAAAUUGUGUUCUGUUUA